GCUUCGCACUUUGCAAAAUGUGAAAACAAUAAUAACUUGUGUUUUUGUAAAUUUUUAAUACUGAAAUGAUAUUUAGAUACUUAGCAAAUAAAACAUUUACCUUUAUACUUGUAAUGUAACUAUUUAGAAAAGUUAUAAAAAUAAUAUAGCCUUCGUAUAACCUCAGUUCGUUAGCAAUAUGAAUCCGCAAGUUUGUGCGAAUUGUCGUAACGAGAAGCCUGUGAAUGCGACUGAUAACAGGCUGGUGACGGAGAGCUGUGGUCACGUGAAAUGUAUGAACUGUUUGCUGAACGAGAAGACUGGUUGCCAAGCUUGCCUUAGGGAGAAGAAGCCGACUGAUGGAGGAGACCCUUUGGGUGGAAUUAUAGAGGGAGGGCCGGCAGACGAGACCUCGCCGGCUGAAGCAGACGAUAAGUCAUAUGACGAAGACCUCGACAAGGAAAUCCAGUGCGAGAUAGAUGAGUUGUAUAUGAAGAAAAAACUUGAGACAUCACAUAUUAAAGAAGAAACAGAUGCAAAUGGCAAGAUGUUUCUGUGCACCGUUUGCAAGAAGAAGUUCCAUGCUCGGAGCCAGGUGGCCUAUCAUGCAUACUGCAAUGGUCAGCGGAAGCCUUACCAAUGUCCUGAAUGCAAUAAGACAUUUGCCACAAUGUCUCACUAUAAGUAUCACAUGCGGGUACAUCGCAACGAGCGCACUUAUGCCUGUGAUGUGUGCGGCGAGGGAUUCUUCCAGAUGUCCAAGUUGCAGAGGCACAAGUUAAAGCAUACUAAAGAGAAGAAGUUUGCAUGCAGCGAGUGCAACAAAGCGUUCAAUAAUUUAACUUCACUCCGCAAGCACGGGCUCACGCACACAGACGAGCGGCCGUACGCGUGUCCCACGUGUGGCAGUCGCUUCCGAGACAGCUCGAAUCUGAGGAAACAUGUGAGGAAGCACGAAAGGAAGUGCUUGUGCGGCGCGUGGUCGUGCUCGCGCUGCGGGCCGCUCGCGGCGCGGCGCCCGCACGCGUGUCCGCGCUGCCCGCAGGCCUUCCACUCGCGCAAGGACAUGCGCCGCCACGCCGCCGUGCACACCGACUCCAAACCCUUUCGCUGCAAAGUGUGCAGCCGCCGCUUCAGAAGGAAAGACAACCUAGAGCGUCACAUUCGCAAUACGCACCCCGACUACGUGCCCGCCACCGCCGUCGACUGCGACGAGGCCGCGCUCAAGCAGAUCCGAGCCAACGGACACACAAACAAACUCGACGACUACCAGAAAGACGAGAAAACAAAACUAGAGAUCCUCAACCCCUUACCGCCGCUUCCAAAAGAAGAAAUACAAAAACACAUGCACGAGAACUCUACGAAGCCAGAAAAGCCCGUCGAGCCAGAUAUUACUAUAGAUAAAUCUUAUAUUUUAGUGGCCAAUAAUGCCCGUCAAAGCGUCAUCGUUGGCAACAAAACAGCGAAUGUCGAACCCAAACCCGUCACUAGUCCGUCGCAGGAAUGUGAAUACGUACACAAAAUACGAAAGGCUUCCAUAAUUCCCCUACCGCCUAUAGAUUUGCGGAAAAUGAUAGAAUUAGAAGAACAAACCAAUUUGAAUAAUUUAGAUUUGGGCGCUCCUCCAAAGGAUAAGAAGACUUUGUAUGAGAAGAUAUUGUAUGGGGACAGGGAGAGAGAUAAGAGAGACCACGACGAUAACAAUGUUGACUCUGGUCCUGCCGGAGUGCAUUGGAGGAGGAAGCUGAAGCAAUCUGUGUCUAUAGUGUCUUAUUCUUUUACAGAUUUGUAAUGAUAUGAAGGCUGAGUUUUUAGCAGGGUGGGCAAGAAUGGCAGUAUAGUAGUUUUUGUAGUAUACAAUUUUAUAUGUAUUUAAUGCAUAUUAGGAUUAAGAGAAUGAAAUGGUAUAUGUAUACAAAGCAUAGCAUUCACAAUACAAUAGUUCAAUGGAUAUUUCCAAGUCAACAACAACUUCCGUAAUAAACCGUGUGAUUGUAAGUAAGCAGUUAUAUAACCUAGCCAGUUUGUGAAUGCAGUUAGGAUAGAUAUUUUGGUAAUGUUUUCAGUACCCCCAAACACGACAGUAUAUUAAUCCAUGUAGCACGUAUCGCUAGCUAGGUCCUCCUAUACAAUAUUUGCAAGAUAGUCGUUAAGGUCACAAUAUCCUCGCAUGGUAUGUAAGAAAUACUACAGUUUUGCCUGGCGCUGCUUGUCACGCAGGCCGUACAGUUUGUAAGAAAUCAUGUACAGUGUCAAAUAACUUUUUCCCUCUGAAGUCAGGUACAUGAUGCUUGAAGUUCUCACAUUUUGACAGUUGCGUAGUCAUUCGUGGCCUACUUCGGAGGUGUAAAGUUAUAGUGCAGCUGUAUUCUGCUGUAUCUACUAAUAUUAAAUAUGUACUGCCGUUACGCGAAACUUAACCAGUCAAUGUUACUAACACUAGUAGUAAGUGCGUCCAAGACGCGUUAGUAGUAAGAAGUUACAAAUGCUGUGACACAUUAUAUAUUAUCCAUGUAUUAUGAAUUGUAUCAGAUUUUAACGUGUUUUAAAUUCAAAUGAUUUAUACAUUGGAAGUUUCUGGCAAAGGACCAAAUGUUUUGUUUUGAUCUCGCUAAAGGUUUUAUUGACGAAUUAACGCUUAUUUUUUUUAAAUUGAAUUUUGUUGGGUUGAAGGAUGGGGUAAGAGACUGAUUGUAAUGUGGGUAGGUAUCAUAGCUGAGUAACUUUCGACCUAUAGAUUGAAAAUGUCAUAUUGCAUAUGUAUGUUAUUAACAAAACUAUAACAUUAAUACUUUUGUACGGUAACGUAAGCAAUAACUGCCGUUUAAUAAGGUGAUUGAUUUUUUUAUAAUAUCAUCAAUAUAAAAUGCUCAUAUCGUUGAUUGGUCUGCCAAAAGAUUCUAAGUAUGUGAUAAAGCGGUCUUAGUCUGGAAAUUGUGCAAGAAUAUAUAAAUAAAAUAUGUAAUAUUAGUUUUUAUAAUGUCGACUGAAGAUCAUGAUCUCUGAUGUAAGUUGAUCUCAAGUAUUUUAAGUUGAUGUUUAACAUUGUUGCGCGGUAACUUUUACAAAACUCGUUCACUUCAUACUCCCGACCGACUCUUUUUGUUAUAAGAAGUACAUAAAUAAGCCAUCGAACUCUUAUCACAGAUUACAAUAAAAGCAUAAUGUAACCAAGGUUGUGAUGAACCACAAUAAAUUGAUUGCUUUUAUCUAACACGAAUUAAGUACAGUAAAUAUGGCAACACAGUGAACGAGCUACAAGUACCAUAAACUUACGAGAUAAAUAACGAAGCCUUUUUACUCAUCCGUUGAUGUUUACUGAUCACAAGUGUAACCUUUAACAUAAAAUGCGUAUUUUACUAUAUUGGUAUCUGUAUUUUGCUAAUAUUUUAUAUCUUAACAUUUUGUAAUAUUGAUGAACUUAGAUACAAAUAAAUGAAUUGAAGCGA